AUGGCAAACCAAGUGGGAAGGUUCAUACCGAACCUGUCCGACAAGAUGAGACACCUCAGGGAACUCCUCCGAAAGGACAUGGAGUGGAGGUGGGAUGCUCAACAGCAGCAGGCAUUUGACCAGGUGAAGAAAGACAUCCAAGAAGCAGCGACACUCACUGUGUAUGACCCCAAACAACAGCUGAUAGUCUCUGCAGAUGCAUCUUCUUUCGGUCUUGGUGCUGUGUUGUUGCAGAGAGACAAGGACAGUCGUGAAAGGCCAGUUGCAUUUGCGUCUAAAGGACUGAGUGAAACGGAGAGAAGAUACGCUCAGAUUGAGAAAGAGGCAUACGCUAUUACAUGGGCAUGCGAACGCUUUGAAAAGUUCCUUGUAGGGACGAAGUUUCAUGUCCAGACUGACCACAGACCUCUGAUCUCAUUGCUGGGCGAUCGAGAACUAGACGGAAUUCCAGCAAGGAUUCAGAGAUUCAAGCUGAGACUCAUGCGUUUUGACUACUCCAUCGAGCAUGUUCCGGGUAAAGAGAUGUGGAUUGCAGAUGCACUCUCGAGAGCCCCAGUAGAAACUGCAGAGAGUAUGGAAGAAGAGGUCGAAGCAUAUGUUCAGAUAGUGACAAGUUUGCUGCCAGCAUCGAGUGACUACCUAAAAGAAAUAGAGUUUGCACAGGCUGAUGACCCAGUGUGCCGACAAGUGAAAGAGUAUUGCACUAGAGGUUGGCCAGGCAAGGGCAAAAUUCCGCCUGAGAUUGUCUCCUACUUCCAAUACCGAGACAGCCUCACGGUGCAACAAAAUUUACUUGUGAAAGACAAGAGGUUGGUCAUUCCAAAGUCUCUAUGGAGGAAAGUGCUUGGCCAACUGCACGCGGGACAUCAAGGGGUGUCCAAGUGUAGAGAAACGGCGAAACUGUCAGUGUGGUGGCCAGGACUAAGUACUCAAAUUCAAGAGAUUGUCGCAAACUGCACGACCUGCAUCCAAGAACGGACUCCAAGAGUGGAGCCCAUGAUUGAGUCAGAGCUACCAGAAGGCAGGCACUAUUUGGUCGUCGUAGACUACUGUUCCCGUUAUAUAGAAGUAUGUUAUCUGCGGAACACGACUACGGAUACGGUGAUAGCUCCGUUGAAGUCGUUGUUUGCCCGUCACGGAAUACCAGAGACGUUUAGGUCAGACAAUGGACCCCAGUUCACCUCAGGGAAGUUUGCGAACUUCACAAAGGAAUACCAAAUAAAGCAUGCCACGAGCAGUCCGCACUAUCCCAAGAGCAACGGUGAAGCAGAAAGAAUGGUGAAAGUUGCCAAAGACAUCCUCAAAAAAGCUGAAUACCCAAAUAUAGGACUCCUCAUGUACAGGACGACUCCUGGACGCAGUGGAUAUACUCCAGCUCAGCUCCUAAUGGGAAGACAGCUCAGGACGACUUUACCUACUCUGCCAUUCCAGCUGACCCCUAAGUUGCCCAACCAUGAGGAAUUCCGCCGGAAAGAUAAAGAAGAGAAGCGGAAGCAAACCCAAAGCUACAACAUUAGGCACAAAGCCAGCGAUCGAAGCGAAAUGACCGCAGGAAGUUCACUAUGGGUGACAGUAUACCUGGCACUACAGGCCGGCUCAUGA